AUGGAAAAAGAUGCUUUCUCAAAUGCUAUUCCUGAGAUUGAAAUUCUGAAGAGAAGAAAGAAAGAAGAAAUAGAGAAACAACAAGUUCUUGAAAUACAGGAACUUGAAAAAGCAAGCAAGAUUCUUGAAAAGCAGUAUCUGAGUGAGAUGAAUGAAGAAGUUCUGUUAAUUCUUCAUGCUCAGGCCAGACAACUACAGGAGAUGAUCAAGUUCAAACUUGGAAUCUCAAACACAGUUCAAAAAACCUUGAAAAUUCCUAGUAUAAUCACUGACUCUUCAUCUUACUCUUCUUCUUCCUUUCUUCCUACUUCUUCUUCUUCUUUGAAUCAGAAGAAAACAUAUGCUCAAGCAGCUGAAUCUGCUGUCUCUAAAUCUGCUAUCUCAAAACCUGCUCAAAAUCCUGAGAAAACUGAGAAGAAUACUGCUCAUGCCUCUAUUCAUAGAAAAGUGAAAAAGAAAAUGCAAAAAGAGAAAAACUUCCAAAUCUCUAGAAAUAGAAGACUCAUUCUCAAAGUCUCAAACCAGGACAUUCUACAAAGAAACAAGCUAAACUCAAAUCUCAUUUUCAGAAUCAGAAAUGAAAUUAAUCAGCAGUUCUUUUCUCAGUUGAUGACUGAUAUUGAAGUUCAAAAACCAGUUAUAGCUUCAAUUGAGCCAUCAUUCUUUGGAAACUCUAUUAUUCUGACUACAAUGCCUGAAUUCAGUGCUGAAUUCCUUAUUCAGAAUGAGAAUCUCUGA